AUGUCCUACGCAGAAGCCGCGGCCAAAGGCCCUAAACAGACACCAGAGGAGUUUCUUCGCGCCCCUAAUCCACCUCGAACCUAUCUGAGUGAAACAGCGGACAGCACAGCCUCCCUAGUCGACGUCGACUCUCCGCAUGUGGUCUCAGUGGACUCCGAUUUCCUCAACCAGGAAGUGAAGACCACUACUCAGGCUGAUCGCUUAGAAAGAGAGGCACAGGAGAAAGAGGAACGGAAAGAACAGAGAAAGGCCGAGAAGGCGAAAGCGAAGGCUGCGCGCGCCGGCCAUGUCGCCAAGCGCAACCCUGUCAUCCUUGGGAAUGCUGUGCUGUAUGCCCUUGUCGGUGCCGCGCUUGGAUAUGGCGCAUACAGAAAGCAUGCCGAAGGCAAGCUGUCGUUGAAGCUUGUUGGAACAUGGACUGGUAUUGUCGGAGCCUUCAGUACGGUCGAUUACUUUGUUAGCAAGUAA